UAUUCUCAUUGGACACGCCAGACGCCAGUAACAGGUACCUCUACCCCGCCUUAUCCCGCUGUCAGUUCCCUCAGGAUGUUCGUCGGUCUGAAAACCUGUGAUGAGAGUUUUUAACAAUGGCGUGGUCGUGGCGGGGGGCUGCCGCUCUCUGCCCAAGUCCAGCAUCCGAAUACCACCUGUAAACAUCGACUUGUCAGCGGUUUGAAAAGUAAUUUAACGGACGUUACAAUGAUACCAGACAGAGUAGCCUAAAUCUCCGCUGCCCUAUAAACUGUGUGAAACUACUAGAUUGUCGCUGGAAGCGCUUUGCCAUGUCGUUGCUGUGUGUCAGAGUGAAAAAAGCCAAGCUCCAAGGACCUUCAGACAAGUUCAACACCUACGUGACGCUGAAGGUGCAGAAUGUCAAAAGCACAACAAUCACUGUGCGGGGGGACCGGCCCUGCUGGGAACAGGAUUUCAUGUUUGAGAUCAACCGGCUGGACCUCGGCCUCAUUGUUGAGGUGUGGAACAAAGGCCUUAUCUGGGACACCAUGGUGGGGACAGCCUGGAUUCCUCUAAAGAGUAUCCAACAAUCAGAGGAGGAGGGCUCAGGUGACUGGAUCUUUCUGGAUGCAGAGGUCCUGAUGAAGGCGGAUGAGAUAUAUGGCACCAAGAAUCCAACACCUCAUCGAGUCCUACUGGAUACUCGCUUCGAGCUGCCUUUUGACAUCCCAGAUGAUGAGGCACAUUACUGGACAGGCAAGCUGGAACGCAUCAAUACCAUGAGAAUCGAUGAUGAGUACCCUCUUCAGGAUGACGUUCAGAGUCGCCCGUUGCCAUUUGCUGCUUCCCAGUGCUGCAACUAUUUCGGAUGGGCUGACCCUCUGACUCUGGAUGACCAGGACAGUGCUGUAGAUGACCGGGAUAGUGACUACCGCAGUGAGACAAGUAACAGCCUGCCUCCACGUUACCACACAACGGCUCAGCCCAACUCCUCCAUGCACCAGUAUCCCAUGGGGCCUCGGCAGCAGCACCACCCAGACUCCUGCACGGACUCUGUCCACAGUUUUGACCUGGACUACCGCGACCAGAGAGGAAACAGAUCAUUAAACCAGAAAGGAAGGGUCAGAAUUAUACCUGUAGAUUCUGGCAUGGGGGUCGAAGAUUGGGAAAACAAAUACAAAGGGCAGGGCAAGCCUCAGCUGAGUGACUUCUUAGAUGAUGAGGAAGACAGUGUUAUCCUGCGAAUUGGAAAACCCUACUCUGAGCCAUCACACACCUCUAUCCGUCAAAAUACUCAACGUAGUGGUUUUCUGCCUGCCACCUACCCUGAGGGAUAUGACACUAUUGAUCGACGGCGAAAGAAAAAGAUAAGGGACCCAGGAGGGUUGUUCAGUACAGAGGCAGACAAAAUGAGAGAGGAGGCUUUUCUCUCUGACCUUGCACUGCUCCGUGAGAAGAGAGGGGAGCUGUUUAUGCGGCAGGUAGCAGAGAUGCAGGAAGAGGAGGAGCGUAUGACAUCAUGCCUCAGGCCAUACAAGAAUGGGCUUCUCUACAAGACAAGGAUGUGGGCUAAAAAUGAGCUGGACAACACUUUGGAGAAUUAUGUGGCAUACAAAAAAGAGCAAGAUACUAGAAUGAGAGCACGGUUUGAUUUUGAUUUAGAGAGUUCUGAGGAUCUGCACUACUCCAUAGGAGCAUGCGAGGAUAAUGAUGACAUUGCCUUUAUAGCAGAAGACUUUAAUCCAGAGAACGCAAGACAUAACAAAGACAGGUAUUCUUUCUCCUAUGAGAGCCACAUAGAAAACUCUCAGGGUCUUCGAGAGAAGAAGUGUGGAAAAGCAAAAACUGGAGGAUGGGCUCCGGAGGCAAUGCUCUCUCCAGUAGAGGAACCAAGUGAUGAAUACGUAGACCCUAUGGAUGAGCUCCAGUGUCUAGUUGAAACAGUUUCUGAAUACCUUGCUGAGAAAGAGGAGGAAAUUAGCAAGUACGGUUCCCUUCCUAAAUCAAGCAAAUCUAGACUAUCAUCCCAGGGUAGCAAUAGAACCGAUUCUUUUGGAGAGGACCAAAGUAGUUCAUCAAAGGAUCCUAGAGGAGAAACCCAAUCACACACUCCUGACCAGAGCAUCUCAGGAGUAAAAAAUGCCAUGAGCUCAUUAUUUAUUUCUCUCACUGACAGAGUUGGAGGAGGCCCUAAACAGCCUGUCCCAUCUCCACAUGCACCAUCUGCACAACCCUCACAAUCUGGACUAACAAAACUGUUGUCCUUCAUUCCUAAAUCAAAUAAUUCAGCUCCUGUAGCUGUUGUAUCUCCGGUAGAAUGUUCUCCUGAAAAAUCAUUCCAUUCUUUGCCUUCUCAGCCACCACGUGAUGCCAAUACACAAGGUCAUAAUCAAGAAACAAAAGCUCCCACAAGGAGUCAGACUCAAACAAGUACAAAAGAAUAUGUACCUGAGUUUGUAACCAAACCUCAAAGUGCUCCAGGAAACUCAGUCAUGGGGAAAUUGAAUCCUUUAAAGCUUUUUUCAGCAGGAGAUAAUGGGAACUCAGCUGAAUACAAACAGGCACCAGAGUCCACAUAUUCUCAAGGUCAUACACAAUGGGGUGAGAAAUUGGAUGAGAAACGUGUUCAUCAAGGUAAACAGUUGAUGACAGUAGAAGAAGGUGGGAAAUCAGAAAAAUUAAGAAGUUCAUCACAAGAGAAACAUUUAGGACAAAAACAAGAUGAAAAUAUAUAUGGCAGACAAAAUUCAAUGAUUUACAAACAAGAAAAUGUGCCUGUUCAGGGGCCAGUAAGGCCGACUGGCCAAACACAAUCAGCAAACACUGGAUUCUUUAGCCCUUUGAAGAAGUCAUUAAGUUCAUUGAUCACAAGUGCUGUCCCCGUUCCACCUCAGGGAGCUCCACCUAUGGCAGUUUAUCCAGUGUUUAGAUCCACAGAGGAUCCCCGACUAGAGAAACCAGUGGAGGACCCAUCAUUGAGUAGUAAGCUUAAACUGCCCUUCCUCUCCUCUGAAAAUGUCUCCACUCAGCAACAUCCUAAAGCAGAGGGAGGCAUGCUCUCUGGUUUUUUAAAGUUUGCAUCCAGUGAAGAUGUUAGUGCCUCCAUGAACACACAGAAUCCUGUGCAAUCAUAUCAUGAAUCAACAUCAACAACAUCCACCACCUUUACACAGAAUUCUGCUGUGCCCCAGGAAAACACUGAGAAAGGGUGGUUUUCCAGCAUAUUUAACCCUACCUCUGCUCCCUCUGGUUCAAACCAGGAUUUUACCACUAAUCAGCAAUCUCAGAACAGCAAAGUACCAUCUAGCUCAUGUGCACAACAUACAUCAAAUCAAAAACCAACAGCACCCCAUCAUGGAAUGCAGAAUCAAGCUCCUAAUCAGCCUGAAUCACAAAGUUUUUUGACAGGGCUUUUUAAAGGGAGCUCGACCGAGGACAUCUCUCAUAUGGGCUCUAAUCAACCCAAACAAGGAGGACUGCUAUCUGGACUUCUUAAAUUUGGCUCUACCAGUGACCUAUCUAGCAGUUUGCCACAGCAGGCUUUCCAUAAUAAUCAACCACCCAGGAGCAGUAAUCCCCCACAGUUUCCUCCUCACCUUCCCCCACAACAACAUUCUUCAGGUCCACAGAUUGGGGGCCUUGUCUCAGGGAUAUUGAAGCUUUCAUCAACAGAAAAUAUACCCCAAAAUGUACAGCCUUCUGAAGCUGGCAAUUACGCUGGUCAGCAGCAGACUUUAGAUGAAACUGAGCAAACACAACCUCUGCAAAAGGGGCUGUUGUCUGGCUUGCUUAAAUUUGCAUCCUCUGAGAGUAUUUCAAGCAGCCAAGCAGUUCAGCACCAACAAAGCAGUGUUGAACAUAAUCAACAGGAUUUCAACCAACAGAAUACUCUAGGUCCAAACCGAGGGCCUCAUCUCAGGAGUAGAGCGUCAAGUCAGCAAGUUGUCCAACAGGAGACAAGUAAACCAGGCUUUACUCGACAACAAACUGUUCCACUCCAGCAACCACCAUCCCAACAAGGUGGUCUUUUAUCUGGUCUUUUUAAAUUUGCUUCAGCAGACAACAUAAAUGCACAAAAGCACCCAUCUGCUCAACAGCACAGAAUUACCCCAAGUGAAUCCAGCCAUGAGCAAACAAGGGCAAGGAAUAUCCCAAUUUUCAACCAAAGUCAACCACAAAAUAGCUCAACACAAAAAACAAUUCAAGCAAGUGGUCUACUUUCUGGACUAUUCAAGUCCUCCUCAGAAAAUAUGGCUCAACAACAGCAGCCCAAAAUAAUCCAUGAGACACAACAACAAAUCAAAGUGCCAAGCCGUCCGACUGCUGAAACAGAGCUGGAAACAGCAAGUCAAUCUGGAGUGCUCUCAGGGCUGUUUAACAAGUUAACAAAAUCACCUGAAAACACUGACACAACCUGCCAGACAUCAACAGGACAAUCACUGCAUCAGAAAACCAAUAAUUACACAGUCACAAUGAAGACCCCACUGCAAACACACUUAUGCACUAAUGUAACACAACAAUCGACACAAGAACAUGCAGCAAAAGAGAAGAGGAUUCCACGAACUGCCCAGCAAGGGUUUUUAUCUGGACUGUUUAGCAAAAAUGUAACUGAGGACCCUUCUACUCCUAAACAAGUAGACACAUCAAGUCAGAAUACAGAACAACAAACACCCUCAUCUAAGUCCACUGAGUUACAUUCAGGCAUAUUAAAAAGUGCUUCCUCAGACUUUAGAAGGGACAGCUGUCAAAGAUUUGUUCCAGAUUCGCUUAAUCCAGGACAGAGCAGACACGCUUUAAUCCGUCCACCUGCCUCAAUUGAUACUGAAAGUUUAGACUUAAGAACAUCAGCUACUUUUGCAAGAUCUCUUCAGAGUCAGGCAACAUACUCCUCAAUUAGCACAGGUAAUUUAUCUCAGUUAUAUUAUUCUGGCUCACUUCAGUCACUUCACCCAAUGGCUUCUAGUACAGGAAAUGUUCAUUCCCUUUUACAAAACCAUACAAGUUCUUCAUUAAUGACCAUGCAGCCAUAUAUUGGUGGAAGCAAUUCCUCUUUGUAUGGAGCUACAAGGCAAAGUCUUUACCAAGGUCAAUUGUCCACUUAUGGAAUAAGUCCCUCUUAUGAUGAAAACCAGUGGAUCCGUGAAAGUGCUCUAUGGCAGCAGUUUCAGAAUGAGUCACUGAAUUUCCAGGGAGAGGAUCAAGUGUAUAGACAGAGCUGUGAAGGGGCUUCAUCUGCUCUUUGCGGGAACUCCUCAAAUGUAUAUCAGCCAUUUAACGCUACACCAUGGCAAGGUGUUGUUUGUCACCAAGAUCAAAUUGGAAGACAUCAUUUGGAGGGACGCAGGAAUGAUGAUCCAUAUCCCAAGAGAAAAUUAUGGAACAGUUUUGAAGACUUUGGAAACAUAGAAUAUUCGCCUAAUGAGGAGGGUGCGUUGAACUUAACUACUAAACAGAGUAAUGCAAAGUUUGAUGAUGGUAGCAAUUACAGCUUGAAUGGGGUUUCAUAUCAUGAAGGCUAUUACGAGGAGACUGCGCCAAGCUUAUCUUAUUCGGCUAACUGGCAAUAUGGAAUGGAUAAUGCAGGCCAACAAACUUUUCAUACUGAUGGCAUGAUACAUCAGAGUCAGUUUAAUUUGAAUAGACCAGUAGAUUCAAACUGUCCUCCAAGUGCCAAAACAGAGAGGGAAGACUCCCUGUACCUCGAAGACACUGAAUGGUAUCAGCAGUGGCUUGCACUUUUGGAGCAAGGAAUGUGGUGGCCAGCAGAAGAUGGCGACUGUGGCUACUUUGUUUAUACAGAUCAUGAGUACAUUUAUGCCUUGCUUACAGAUGCAGCAGGUGAAUACGUGUAUGCAUGUGCCCCCGAAGGCGAGUCUUGGGGAAAUGCACAGAAAUUAGAUGGUUUUCCCAGUGCUUGGCUGCACAAUGAAAUGGUUUUAGUCUGUGGCUUUAAAAUUCCACUUUACAAUGAGGAUGAGCUUCUUUGGCUACCUGGUCAAGAUCACAGUGAUUCUCAACUUCUCAAUGCCCCCCUAGAUUUGUCUGCUGCCUAUAGAAAAGGAAAUCAGAUCAUGAAUUUAAAUCUUGAGCAGUUCUCUCAAAUGUUUGAAAAUUCAUUUCUGUCACAAGUGCAACAAGGUGUAGAUUUCACAUCUUACAGAUUAAACAAAGUCAGGAUGGAUCCAAGACAGCCCAGUUACGUCUAUGAAGACCAAUGCAAAGAUGUUAUUGACCUUUCCUGUCAUAAUAAAGACCACAUUGGCCCUUAUUGGAACAACCAGGAAAUGAAGACAUUUCUUGCUCAAAAGGUUGCUGUUUCUCUAAAUUCUACUUCUACUGCAAAUUCCAAUCAGCAGCUACUUUACAGCUGUUAUGAACCUAGCCAACGGCGGCGUUCAUCCACUGGGGUUACAGUGAAGCAUGUAGAUGAUGUAUUGGAGGAAGAAUGGAGGAAGAGAGUGUCUCCAGGAGAAGAACAACCUAAUCGUCAAGUCAAAAAGAUUUCCUCCCUCAUAUCCUCUUUUGUGGGCAAAGCAUCACAGGUGGAAUUAAACAAGACUAGCAUAUCCUCCGGUGAUCAAGCUCCUGACAAAAAUUCAAAGAACAUUCUUUCAUCAGGUUUCCAAAGUCUAAAGUCAAAGAUCCUCAAAGAAGAAUCUACUGCUGUUGUGACUCAGCCAGAAACAACAAACGCAGAGGCCAGCCAGAAGCAACAAAUGCAGAGGCCAGCUACCAUGCGGGAAAGAAUUUUGCCCACAGUACCAACAACUGCUCACAUGACUCACCCAUCAAUACAAUCAUAUUCAACUUCACAGAAACCAAGACUUUCACGUCAGACUACCAUGAUACAGCAAGCAACCCCACCAUCACAGCCCAAUGUCACAGUGCCUUUAGGAUUAAAAGAAUCUCUUAUUAAACAUGGUCCACCUGGACAACUUACAGCUGAUAAGCCAGUGGAUAUGCCAGUGGAGAAACCAUCUGAACAACCACAGUCUGGCUUCAUGAACUUUCUGAAAUCUGCAGUAGGAAUAGAAGAACCAAAGCCAGAUCCCCAGAAAUGUUCUCAGACAUCUCCCAAUCAGCAGAGCAAAACUGGCAGCACUUCUUCUUUACCAGACAGUGCUCCUACAAAUAAAGAGGCUACAGGAGUUUCAAAUCUCUUUGGAUCAAUUAGCAGCCUAUUUAGUACUGAGCCACCACAGAAACAGCAAAUGAAACCCAGUGUUACAGAGGGUUCACUGACAUCAGCAUCUCAACCUAAGGGUAUACAGAGACAACAAACAAUGGACCAAAGUGGUACCUCUCGGCCCGCGCAGAGCCAACCCCCACACAAAAGUAUAUCCCAAGCAUUUCCUCCUAAUUCUUCCACAGGCCCUGCUACAAGUCAAUCAGAAACUAUGCCAACUACAGAACAGACAAAACACGAAGCAGGAACUAAACCAUCUGGUGGACUGUUUGGAUUUUCAAUUGGAGAAAUGCUGGCAGGAUCAACAGCAGCUUCGCAAUCUGGACCCACACCUCAAACACCUGCAUCAGCUAAAGCUCCACAAGAAGAAUCACUUGGUAAAAGUAUAUUAUCAAUGUUUAGUGGACCAAAUCCUCCACAGGCGGAACCUAAAACUGGGCCCUUGCCUCAAGCGCAUCCACCUAGUGCAGCCCCACAACCUCCCCAACAGGAAUCACUUGGUAAAAGUUUAUUAUCAAUGUUUGGAGGAUCAAGUCCUCCUCAGCCUCCUCCUCCAACCAAGGCUGCUGCUGAGGUACCACAACACGGAACUGUUCCUCCAAAAGAUCCCCCAAAUACAGGAUUCCUUUCAAUGUUUGGUGGUCCCAGCACCCAACAGUCUCAAGCCCAAACAGGAUCGCUUCUAGGGGGAAUUCUGCCUGGGUCAUCGAGUUCAACUGAAAGCCCAAUGAAGGGACUGUUGUCAAUGUUUAGUGAUCCCAGUCCUCCACAACCUCAGCCACCAACAUCGCCAUCUCAACAAAGAGUAUCUCAGUCACAAACUCAACUACAAGGGGAACCUCAGACACAAUCUAAACCACAAGCACAGGCUCAAGCACAAGGGCAGCCAGUCACCUCUGUUCUUGGCGGAAUAUUGGGUGGCUUGUCUUCCUCUAGUGAAAGUCCAAGAAAAGCUUUGUUCUCCAUGUUUAGUGGCCCCAGUACUCCUCAAACACCAGGAGCUGGUGGAAGUGCAAAUUUGUCUACUUCCCCAGUGACUGCUGCACCCAAAGAACCUGCAAAGAGUAUACUCUCUGUUUUUAAUGAUGUGUCACCUCCACAACAAACUCCCAAUUCAUCAUCUGCUAUUGUUAGUGGUGCUACUACAGAGCCACCAACUACUUAUUUCCAACAAGGUUCCUCCCAAAUGACAUCUGUUUCCAGUAGCCAUAUCCCAGCAGAAAUAUCAAGUGAAGUGCAUGCUAGCCCAUCCACUGAUACUACUGUAGAUACUACACAGGGUGCCACAAUUAAAGGCACUGAUAUUGCAUCUGUGGAACCAAAUUCAGAAUGUGUCACUGUGCAAAAGGAAACGAGCACAGAAGGUGCACCCCAGGAUCCUGCUCCCUCUAAAGAACCACCAGCUUCCAGCCUUCUGUCUAUGAUCAGUGGGUCAGGUCCACAGACUCCAUCCUCACAAGCCGGAUUCAUUUCAGACAGUCCAGGAAAAGGUUUGCUUUCAUUAUUUUCUGGGCCCAGCACUGUAGGUCCUUCACCCACAGGGUCUGCACCUGGAUCAUCAGGCCCCAAUGACCCACCAGCCAAAGGUUUAUUCUCUGUGUUUGGAGGUUCUGCCCCUCAGCCUUCUUCUCAGCCUGGAAGUUCUAUAUUAGGGGCAAUGUUUGGAGGCUCUUCAUCCCAAACAGCUUCUCAAACAGGGGGAUCAUUCCUAGGUGGUUUAUUUGGAGGGUCUGCUCCUCAGGCUGCUCCUCAAGUUGGUCCCACUAAGAUUGGAGGCUCUGCUCCUCAGACAGCAGGACCUCAGGCAGGGGCAUCCUUACUUGGAGGCUUAUUUGGUGAAUCUGCUCCCCAGGCUGCUAAAUCUCAGACUGCAGGGUCUAUUUUGGGUGGGAUUUUUGGAGGAUCAGCAGCUUCAACUACAACAUCUCAGACUAGUGGGUCCUUUGGUGGAAUGUUUGGUGGGGCUGCCAACCAAACUUCAACAUCCCCAAAUAGUAGUUCUAUAUUUGGAGGUAUUUUAGGAGGGUCAUCUUCUCAAACAGCUACUGCACAGACUGGUGCAUCUAAUUUGGGUAGCAUAUUACCUGGAACUUCUGCUCCUAAUGAGAUACCUGAUAAAAGUUUGCUUUCAAUGCUUGGAGGAUCUGCUCCACCCGCAACACCCACUGCAACAGCUACACCAAAAUCUAAUGAUGACAAGAAAACGUUAACUACAGCUCCUACCGACACUACUUCAGGUGUAACUGUUCUAUCAAAACUCAGUGAUGACAGUAAACCUGCUCCAUCUCUAGCUAGUCCUGAAACGUCUGUAAUUGACACUGCUACCAAAAGCAAAGAGCAGGCAGAAACACUACAGCGACCUGACAGUACAGUUCAGUGUCUUGAUUCAAGCUUACCCAAAACUGAUGUCAAUGUCAUAGGAGAAGUUCAGUACCAAGAUGCUGACAAGCCAACUGCUUUAGCUAAAGAUAUUCUGUCUAAAGAAUCUGAAAUUUGUGCACAAGAACAACAACAACGUGCAAGACCAGAGCUUGUGAGUGGUCAGUCGAGUCAAGAUGCAAUACCACCUAAAGUAGAAGAGGAAAUACAAGCCACUCAGUCAGCAAGUGCUAUGGUCCAGGGACAACAAAAGCCUCCAGAGCCAGAGAAAUCUGUUGGUGACUCAUCAGCAGAUACAGUUACAGGCUUUAUGUCUUCCCUUUUCAAACCAACAGUUGCUCCCACUGAAGGUCCUCAGCAACAGCAGAAGAACUCACUUUUUGGACUGGGAGGAACAGCACCGCAAGCUGCUACUGGUCAGGCUGGAGCAUCACUAUUAGGAGGUAUUUUUGGAGGAUCUAACACAGAGACACCAGCUCCCCAGACAGGGAUAUCAUUACUGGGAGGUUUAUUCAAGGGGUCUGCUCCUCAGUCUGGUCCUCAAAUCACCGCCCCCACCACUGGAGGGUCAAUAUUAGGCGGGAUGUUUGGAGGAGGAUCCACUGCCAAGUCUGUAGGUCCCCAGACUGGUGGAUCGUUGCUAGGUGGGAUGUUUGGAGGAUCUGCGGCAACAGCACAGCCUGGUGGUUCUUUGCUUGGAGGAAUGUUUGGAGGAGUCACUGUUCAGACUGCAGGAUCGCAGACUGGAGCAUCAAUACUUGGGGGCAUAGGCGGAUCUUUAUUUGGGGGUAUGGGACAACCACCUAAGCCAUCUGCACCAAUGCCAGCUGAGCCCAAGCCAACGCCUGGCACUACUCCACAGUCACAGAUUAAGAAUGAUAGUGCACCACCAAAAGUAUCUCCAUCUGGCACUGAGCCUAGCACAAAUAAAAUUGUGGACUCAAACCUACGAGAUAAUGAUCAAGUAAAAUCUGGCAGCCUCACAAGUAAUAGUGCCAUGGCAGCUUGUCCAGAAACCUCUGCUGUCACAAGUGCUUCAAUAAACACUACAUGUGACCUCACCCAUCAGGUAGAUAACUCUGAAAAAGAAAAGUCAGCUGUAGAGGGAGAGAUGAUACAUGAGAAGCCCUUGGUCAUUAAAGGAGACCCUGAGAGUAAAGAAAGUGACAAAUCAGCCCCACCUGAUAACCAAGAAACAGAUACUAAUAAAUCUCCUCCAGUUAAUCAGUUGCCCAACAAUGCAGAGCUACCUCAAGCUAAGUCUCUGUUUGGUUUUUUAUCGACACAGAGUGAUGCAGGAAAAUCUCUUGGAUCCCUAUUUUCACCAGCAGAGCCGUCAGGUGCUCUGUCAAUGCCUCAAACAGAAGGAAGCAGUGGCCUGUUUUCAGGGUUAAAAACCCUUUCUGGAGGCCUAUUUCAAGAGGACAAACAUGUUGGUGGAAAACAAGAGCCAGCCACCACUUCAUUAUUUGGAACAAAAAUAAGUUUUCCUUGGCAGGCAGAACCACCCAAACCACAAGCUGUCCCAGUUAUAACAUCUCAACCCAAAACUAACAACAUGCCAACAAGUUGUCAAACACAUACUGUACAACAACAAUUUUCAACAUCUGAUGCCCAAAAAACUGAAUCGGUAGGUUCCAACGAUGAUAUAACAAACCCCCAGAUUUGCAUCUCCACUCCUGAAGUAGAUCCUUCAGCAUCCCUGACCCCAAAGGAAAAGGAAAGGCUUGUAGAAACAUACCCCUGUGCAGGUCCUACCUCUGGAGUGCAGCUGGACAACCAGUCCAAGAAGGAUCUAUUGAAUGCAAAAAGUCCAGUGGAAAGUAGUCGCUUUGGGUCAUCAGGAAACCUGAGCCAGACCAGCUCCCAGCUUAGUGAGACUGGCCAGGAGAGCACUGGAGGGUCAGAACUGGAGGAGUCCUUCCACUCCUACCACAGCACUGGCUUUCACCCCUCCACCAAUGGGCAGCCACGCAGCAAUGGACAUCUUUCCACAAAUGGACACUCUACUGUCGGGGAGCAGGAGAUACGGCUGUCCCCUGAAGUAGGACGGGGCCUGAAAAAUGACACUCCAGUUGAAAGAGGGUCCUCCAAACUUCAAAGGUUCCAUGAUGAUGGGCCGCCAUUACCCUUUUCUCCAUCCAGAGUUCGUUGGUUGAAGGCCAUCAAUAAAGUCAGGGUUCAGCUCCGGGAGGUUCGAGAUGAAGAACCCAAUACUAGACAGGCCUGGGUCAAACCAGGUGGCGGAUCUGGUCUGUAUGGAAUUGACAGCAUGCCAGACCUGCGUAAAAAGAAGCCUAUCCCUUUGGUCAGCGAUGUGGCUAUGUCUCUCGUCCAAGCCAGAAAGGCGGGGAUCGCAUCUGCCAUGGCUGCACGUUCCUCAAUCAAGGACGAGGAGCUGAAAAACCAUGUAUACAAGAAGACCCUGCAGGCUCUCAUCUACCCCAUAUCCUGCACUACACCACAUAACUUUGAGGUGUGGACUGCCACUACACCCACAUACUGCUAUGAGUGUGAGGGGCUGCUGUGGGGAAUAGCCCGCCAAGGCAUGCGUUGCUCUGAGUGUGGGGUCAAGUGCCAUGAGAAGUGCCAAGAGCUGCUGAAUGCUGACUGUCUACAGCGUGCUGCGGAGAAGAGCUCUAAGCAUGGCGCUGAAGACCGGACUCAGAAUAUUAUCAUGGCCAUGAAGGACAGGAUGAAGAUCAGAGAAAGGAACAAACCAGAAAUCUUUGAACUUAUCAGGGAAGUGUAUGUCAUCAGCAAAGCCAUCCAUGCGCAGCAGAUGAAGACCAUCAAGCAGAGCGUACUGGAUGGCACCUCAAAGUGGUCUGCCAAGAUCACCAUCACAGUCGUUUGUGCCCAAGGACUUCAGGCAAAGGACAAGACUGGAUCCAGUGAUCCAUAUGUCACUGUUCAGGUGGGCAAGACCAAGAAGAGAACAAAGACCAUUUAUGGCAAUCUCAAUCCUGUCUGGGAGGAGAAGUUCCACUUUGAGUGCCACAAUUCCUCAGACCGAAUUAAAGUGCGUGUGUGGGACGAGGAUGAUGACAUCAAGUCGAGGGUGAAGCAGCGACUGAAGAGGGAAUCUGAUGAUUUCCUGGGCCAGAGUAUAAUUGAAGUUCGAACGCUAAGUGGAGAAAUGGAUGUCUGGUACAACCUGGAGAAGAGGACAGACAAGUCAGCGGUGUCAGGUGCCAUUCGCCUCCAAAUCAACGUGGAGAUCAAAGGAGAGGAGAAAGUGGCUCCAUAUCAUGUGCAGUACACCUGUUUGCAUGAGAACCUGUUCCACCACUCGACUGAUGUGCUUGGCCAAGGCGUGGUGAAAAUCCCAGAAGCUCGUGGAGACGAUGCAUGGAAAGUCUACUUUGACGAUGUGGCACAGGAAAUAGUAGACGAGUUUGCAAUGCGCUAUGGGAUUGAGUCAAUCUACCAGGCCAUGACGCACUUUGCCUGUCUGUCGUCCAAGUACAUGUGUCCUGGGGUUCCUGCGGUGAUGAGCACCCUGUUGGCCAAUAUCAAUGCCUUCUACGCCCACACAACCGCCUCCACCAAUGUGUCCGCCUCCGACCGCUUUGCUGCCUCCAAUUUUGGGAAAGAACGCUUUGUCAAGCUUUUAGACCAGCUGCACAACUCCUUGCGCAUUGACCUCUCAACUUACAGGAACCAUUUUCCUGCCAGCAGCAAGGAUCGCCUGCAGGAUUUGAAAUCCACCGUGGACCUUCUAACUAGCAUCACCUUCUUCAGGAUGAAGGUCCAGGAGUUGCAGUCUCCUCCCAGAGCCAGCCAGGUGGUAAGGGACUGUGUCAAGGCCUGCCUAAACUCUACGUACGACUACAUCUUCAAUAACUGCCAGGAGCUGUACAGCAGACAGUACCAACCUGUUGACACGAACAAGGAGGAGCUCCCUUUGGAGGAGCAAGGUCCGAGCAUCAAGAACUUGGACUUCUGGCCCAAACUCAUCAUGCUCAUCGUCUCCAUCAUUGAAGAGGACAGGAACUCCUACACGCCUGUGCUCAACCAAUUCCCUCAAGAACUGAACGUAGGGAAGGUGUCAGCAGAGGUCAUGUGGACGUUGUUUGCUCAAGACAUGAAGUAUGCUAUGGAGGAGCAUGAGAAGCACAGACUGUGUAAGAGUACCGACUACAUGAACCUGCACUUCAAGGUGAAGUGGCUCUAUAAUGAAUAUGUCAAGGAGCUGCCAAACUUUAAGGGUGUUGUUCCCGACUACGCAUCAUGGUUCCUACUAUUUGUGCUACAGUGGUUGGAUGAAAAUGAGGACGUAUCUAUGGAGUUUAUGCAUGGAGCCCUAGAGAGAGACAAAAAAGACGGAUUCCAGCAGACGUCCGAGCAUGCUCUGUUCUCCUGCUCUGUGGUGGACAUCUUCACCCAGCUCAACCAGAGCUUUGAGAUCAUCAGGAAACUGGAAUGUCCCGACCCAAACGUUAUGGCUCAGUACAGUCGCCGCUUCUCCAAGACUAUUGCCAAAGUUCUUCUGCAGUACAGUGCCAUUCUGACCAAGAGUUUUCCUUCUUAUAUUGACAAGGAGAAGAUUCCGUGUGUCCUGAUGAAUAAUGUGCAGCAGUUGAGAAUCCAGCUGGAGAAGAUGUUUGAGUCGAUGGGUGCCAAACAGAUGGACACUGAGGCCAGUGACUUACUGAACGACCUGCAGGUGAAGCUGAACAACGUGCUGGAUGAGCUCAGCACUACAUUUGGGAACAGUUUCCAGACCCGUAUCAAUGAUUGUAUGCGACAGAUGGCGACUCUGCUGUACCAGAUCAAAGGACCGCUCAACGCCAGCAACAAAAACCAGGUGGAGGCUGACUCUGACAACAUGCUACGGCCACUCAUGGAUUUCCUGGAUGGAAAGCUGACACUGUUCGCCACCGUAUGUGAGAAGACCGUACUGAAGCGUGUGCUCAAGGAGCUGUGGAGGAUUGUAAUGAGCAGCCUGGAGAAGACUAUUGUCCUGCCACAGGGCAACGAUACCUUUGGUGCACAGAUUCUCUCAGCUGCAAAAGAACUGGGUCAGCUCUCUAAACUUAAGGAUCACAUGGCAGGGGAGGCUAAAAGCCUGUCUCCCAGGCAGUGCGCUGUCAUGGAUGUGGCACUGGACACUAUCAAGCAAUACUUCCAUGCAGGAGGCAACGGGCUGAAGAAGGCGUUCCUGGAGAAGAGUCCUGAGCUAUCCUCCCUGCGCCACGCUCUGUCGCUCUACACUCAGACAACAGACACACUCAUCAAGACCUUUGUGACCACUCAACAUGCACAAGUGCACAACGGAAAGGGUAUUAGGUUAACUCCCAAUGAAAAAAUACAGCCCAGCAGGGGUUCAGGCGUGGACAAGCCAAUAGGUGAGGUGUCUGUCCAGAUUGAGCUGCACACUCAUCCUCGGAAUGGGGAGAGGAAAGUUACCGUCAAAGUUGUGGGAGCCAGUGAUUUAAAAUGGCAGACGUCCGGCAUGUUCCGACCCUUCGCGGAGAUCACCAUGAUCGGCCCUCACCUCAGCGACAAGAAACGCAAAUUCCAGACCAAAUCCAAGAAUAACAGCUGGUCUCCCAAGUUCAACGAGAACUUCCAUUUUGUUCUGGGUAACCAGGAGGGCUUUGAGUGCUACGAGCUGCAGGUCUGCAUCAAAGACUACUGUUUUGGCCGGGCCGACAGAGUGGUCGGCUUGGCCGUGAUUCAAUUAAGAGACAUCACGGGGAAGGGCAACAGCGCGUGCUGGUGCCCGCUGGGCCAACGCAUCCAUAUGGACGACACAGGCCUCACCGCCAUGCGAAUCCUCUCCCAGCGCUCCAAUGACGACGUGGCCAAGGAGUUCGUGAGGCUGAAAUCAGAGACUCGUUCGGCCGAGGAGGGCAGAUGAGGAGAGCUGGAGAGGGAGGGAGAAAGACAGAAAGGAUGGAAGGUCUCCUAAUUUCACAAUAAGAGAAAGCUCUCAUGUUAUUGUCUUGUCAAAAAGCAGGGAAUUAUUUUCCGUAGAUGGCCAGGUGGACUCUUUCUUAGACCUUUGAUGUGUCUUAGCUGCUGCUGACUGUUUGGUGAAGCCUUGCCAAGCUUACCAACACACUGUCACGUUCACACUCUGGGUAUAUUGGACAAACACUCACUUUUAUGUAUUCCUCAAACAAUCACAUUAUUUACCGAGCUACUGUACAGCACACAACCACGGAGACGCCGGCUCACUCAACCUUCACACUCACCAGCUGUUUCACUAGGCAGUGACCACUUACUCACUCAUUUAACCUUUCUCUCCCCCCCACCCUCCUCAUCAGUGCACAGACCCCAGCCUCAAGGGAACAGAGGAUGCCAGGCCACACUGGAGGGCCAAACAAGUUCCCACACCUCCGCAGUGUUGUUGUUGUAGUGCAAUAACCCCACCUAAACCCCUCAAACCUGUGGCCAUGUGUUUGAUGCCUUACACUCUGCAAACUGUGAAUGUGUUAAGUAAAAAAAGUCUUUAGAAUGCCCUUUUCUGUAGCUCCACUGUGAUGAUUUGAGUAAAUGUGAAAACCGUAUGGUUCAUCUCAUAAAGGGGUCUUUUGUUUAAUUAAUGAAUGACUGGUAGCUAGGAGACUGUCCGUUAUUGAAUCGAGUGGAAGUGAAGCUGAUGAAAUACUGUACUGGUUUCACAAGUUAAUCUUGUAUAGCUAAUGUUUCAAGAGAUGGUACUUAAACUAAUUACCCUUAAUUUCACCCCUUCAUUUAAAGGAUUGUUCAGUUAAAUGUGUGCCUUGCCAUGUUAAGUUUCCAUUCCUGUUUCCGCAGGAAACAAGUGAUAUGAUCAGUAUAUAAUCUAAGUAGUAAAAUCAACAAUAUGAUUUAAAUCAAAACCUCAUGAAAAAUGAGACCAACAGCGUGGACGUUCACUCUGUCUGUUUUGGCCACAUUUAUUUAGUAUUUAAAUAUAAGCUCCUUAACAACUGUUGGCUCAUGUGGCCUAUUGUAACCACGAUGGUGAAGCCAUUUUAUUUAUUUUUUAUACAUAUUUAUUUUUGUCUGUGCUUUUCUAAUCCUAUGAUUUAAAAUGUUGUUUACUGCUGGGAACAGAUGUGUUUGCCAGAACUGCGUGUUUGAGAUUUUGCACGGUGGCUUCGUCUGAAUGAGUUGCUGCUGCAGUGUUGUACACGUCAACUGCAGUUCAACUGAAGAGCUUCUUUACAAGCUGAGAUACACGCCCUCAGAAUAAAGUGCGAACCUCACGUUUGUCGUGAAGUUAACAACAAAGUCGGCGACUUGUGUCCCUGACUGACGAUAGUGAGAACUGUCUUUUAGAAUUGUUCAUUUAUCGUAAAGAAAUAUUACAUGCUGAACUUUCAGGUAACAACUUUUUCUUCCAAAAAGGAUAUCUGAACAUUUGAACACGAGCUCCUCAGCUGCUGAGUUGCUAAGGAGAGUAGAAUUACUUGUGGUUUACAUAUAUCUUCCUGCUGUUUUCUUCUACUCUUCCUAUGAGUUGCCUUACUUUGGUGAAAAAACAAACAAAAUAUGUCUAUCUUUUAAAUAUAUUUUUUUUUUUAUCCUUGUAUUUCCUUUGGCUCUCAGCAAUGAGGAUUGGCCACUUCUUUACCCAUAAUGAUGUCAAAUAAGUUUCCCAAGUGAUGUUCCUUAUCAUUUUGUACUUUUUAUCUUUGAUAUCGGAAACGUAACUAUAUCUAGGCUGAGUUUUCUUUGCAGUCUGUUAUAUUUUGUGUUAUGUUCCUCCUGUUUUGUAAAGGUUUCCUUUUAAUCCUCUUUAAUAGUUUGGAAUGAUUGUAUUGUAAGAUAUGUUUCAGUUUUAUGGAUAGGAGUCAUACAGUGAGAUACGUGCCAGUGAAUUUGUUCAUUACUGAUGGAAGAAUAUUAAAAUGUCACUCCUUAUGAAGGCUGGAUAUUGCUGUAAUAUGAAAACCUCUGUGUGCACAUUUUUAAACCGAUCACAAAGGUACAUUCCACUUUGUUACAGUACUUUAUCCCUUGUGAAUAAUUUAUGUUCUUGGUUUAUGUGGACAUUUGUUUCAUAGCCAUUCUGUAAUAUACAUGUUCCUUGUGCCAAGUUACAAGUGUUCACUUUUAAUCUUUUUUUAUUUCUAUAUUUUCUAUUUGUUAACCAUCACUAAAUCACAAGUACAGUAUAUCAGUCACAGGAACUGCGUUUUUGUGGUGUUUUCUUUGUAUUGUCACUAUUCUGAAAGGUUGUCACCAUGUAAACGUUCCAAUUAAUGAAUUUUAUAUAAAGUAUUUGAGAAAUAUCUAUAAA